AAAGGUUAAUAACAGAAUUUAGAAUUAUGUGAUGAAAAGAACACACACCAUCUUUACCUUAGACAAAUCUUUGACCAGAAAUCCUAAUAUAAAAUUGCACUCAGGGCUCUCAGAAUCUCUGAAAAAAUCUCCCAACCAUGGCGGUCGUGAAAUUGUUCGGAACUUGGUUUAGUCCGUACGCUUACAGAGUAAUUUGGGCUCUGAAACUCAAAGGCAUAUCUUACGAAUAUAUUGAAGAAGAUAUCCGCAGCAAGAGUCCUUUGCUUCUUCAAUAUAAUCCAAUUCAUAAGAAAGUCCCGGUGCUCGUUCAUGACGGAAAACCGAUCUGUGAAUCCACUGUCAUCCUUCAAUAUAUCGAUGAAAUUUGGCCGCAGAAUCCCUUGCUGCCGGCUGAUCCCUAUGACAGAGCUGUUGCUCUGUUUUGGAUCAAAUUUGCAGAUGACAAGGUUUAUUUAAUGUCAAAGCUUUAUCAAGCCGAUGGCGAAGAACAACGAGCGGCAGUGAAGGAGUGGCUAGAAAUGUUGGAAGUCAUGGAAGAACAUGUGUUGAUCGGAGGGAAAAAAUUCUUCAGCGGAGACGAGAUAAACAUGGUGGACAUCGCAUUUUCCUUUGUUGCUCACUGGCUUGGGGUUCUCGAAGAUGUAGUAGGGCUUGAAAUCUUUGAGCCACACAAGUUCCCUCGAGUAAGCUCGUGGAUCCAAAAUUUCAAAUCAAUCCCUUUAAUCAAAGAAAACUUGCCUGAUGCUGAUAAGAUGUCUGCUUUCUCGAAGCAUGGCAGAGAGAUGAUGUUGGCAUCAAAAUCAAAUUAAGGUUUGGACACUUGUGUUCUUCAUAGAAGGUUUUCAGAAUUCGAACUGAUUAGGUCAUUGCUUUGUUAGUCUAAUAAUUUUGACAAGUUUGUUUAAAUAAAUCAUCAAAAUCAAAAUAAGAAAAGCUCCAGUUCUAUGGGUCUAUACUAGUUUUGUAACACCCCUAACCAAUAACCGUCGCCGAAAUAGGUUAAGAGGCAUUAUCGGACUUGUAACUCAGUUCAGAACAAUCAUUUAUCAAAUAUCAUCUCAUUUCAAUAAA